AUGAACCUCAUGAACAAGGUCUUCAUGGAAUACCUCGACAAAUUUGUUGUGGUGUUCAUCGAUGACAUCUUGGUUUACUCCAAAGCUGAAGAGGAGCAUGAAGAGCAUCUGAGACUUGUUUUAGGUACCCUUAGGCAACAUCAACUCUAUGCUAAGUUCAGUAAAUGCCAGUUUUGGCUCAAGGAAGUUGGAUUUAUUGGCUACGUCUUAUCUGCCGGAGGACUCUCUGUUGACCCCUCCCUGAUCAAGUCCAUUGUGGAACGACAACCCCCUAAGAACGUUACGGAGGUACGAUCCUUCCUCGGAUUGGCAGGAUAUUACCGCAAGUUCGUUGAAGGAUUCUCAAGUAUCACCAAACCAAUGACUCUUCUGCUAAAAAAGGAUAAGAAGUUUGAAUGGACGGAUAAGUGUGAAGAGAGUUUGCAAGAAUUAAAAAGGUGA